GAUGGAGAAGAGGACGGUACAACUGGAACUCAUCUCAGCCAAAGACCUCAAAGAUGUCAAUUUCUUUACCAAGAUGUCAGUAUACGCCGUAGUUUCUGUCCUCGGCUGCGACCCCCGCAGCCAGCAGAAAACCAAAACCUUGGCGGUCCGAAACUGCGGCACUCAUCCCAAGUGGAACAACUUUCCCAUGAACUUCACCGUCGACGAGUGCCUGGCCCAGCAGAACCGCCUCGCCCUCCUCUUCAGGCUCGUCUGCAAGCACCGCCUCCUCGGCGACAAGGACAUAGGCCAAGUCGUUGCUCCCAUUAAGGAGCUUUUCGAUGCCAUGGCUGACCCCAGUAAGUGCACCAUGACGUUUGCGGCUUACCAGAUUGUCAGAAAACCAUCAGGAAAGCCCAAAGGUGAACUCCACUUCUCUUACAAGUUCAGCGAUAAAGUCACCGUUGCACCGGCGGCCCCCCCGCACGCUCCACUGCUUUAUGCACCACCGCCGCAUCAUCUGCUGAUGGAUGCUCAGCAACCGUAUGCUCAGCCGCCGUAUGUUCACCCGCCAUAUGCUCCGCCACCGUAUGAUCCUCUUCUGCCUCCGAUUGCUCUGCCGCCACGCGGAUAUGAUUACACUCCUUCAGCACCACCGGAAUAGCGAUACCCAAUCUCGAGCCCGAUAGAUGAAUGGAAUUACUAAAAAGAUCAAUGAGAAUUGGGUAUUGAUGUCCACACAGAAGGAGCUUGUAUUGAUAUGGUGCUCACAAAAUGGUUUAUAUUGGUACUUUAGAAAUAUGUAACUAUUUACUCGUGGCGGCUGUGUUGCUAGUCUUGGUUGUUGUUGCGGUGGUGGUUGUGGUGGCGGUGGUUAUGGUGGCAUAGUUGUAGUUCUUAAUUUUUGAAUGUCAUUUUUUUA